AUGGAGACUACAAUUCUGAAAGACUUCUUCUCGAAUGAUUACAGAGGAGUUUCUUUUGAUUUUGAGGAUUAUGUUAAGACAGAAAUAGGGUUAGGAUUAAAUGGUACUGACCAAGUUUGUCAGUUCUACAUACGUGGAACGUGUACCAAGGGCCCAAAAUGUGAAUAUAAACAUUCGAACAAUUCAAGAGAAAAAGCUGUCGUCUGUAAACAUUGGCUUCGCGGAUUAUGCAAGAAGGGGGAUCAGUGUGAAUUUCUUCAUGAAUUUAAUAUGCGCAAAAUGCCCGAAUGUUGGUUUUAUUCACGAUAUGGGGAAUGUAGUAAUGAGGAUUGCAUGUAUUUACAUAUUGAUCCCGAGAGCAAGAUCAAAGAAUGCGCAUGGUACGCGAGAGGAUUCUGCAAGCAUGGUCCCAAUUGUCGUCACAAACAUGUGAGAAAGGUUUUAUGUCAGGCUUAUCUAUCCGGAUUUUGUCCGAAAGGACCCGAGUGCCCAAAUGGACAUCCUAAGUAUGAACUUCCAAGCGUACAACGCGAUUUUGACGGGACUGAAGAUGACAUGAUGAGAGGUGUUGAACUCGAAGAGCACGCUCACCAUCAUCAUCAACAUCACCAUCAACAACAGCAGCAUCAGCAACAACAGCAGCAUCCCCAACAGCAAAUACAACAGCAGCAACAACAUCAACAACAUUCGCAACAUCCGCAACAUCCGCAACAGCAGCAGCACCACCAGCAGCAACAGUAUCAGCAGCAACAACAGCCACAGCAACAGCAUCAGCAGCAACAGCAACAUUAUGCUGGAUUUCGUCCAUUGUCAGAGGUUACAUGUUUCAAAUGUGGUCAAAAGGGACAUUUUGCUAACAAGUGCCUUAGAUCGGGAAGAGGAUAUAAUUCUGGUGGAGACAACCGAUUACAACACUAG